CGCAAACGCGCUCGGGCUGCUUGACGGCAGCGGGGCACCUCCCCCGACCCCGCCCGGCCCAGCGCAGCCUCAGUGCCUGGCGCCGGCUUGCUGCGAGGGCCUUUUGUCUCAAUUUGUCCCCAGAAAAAUCAUGCUGCUUGGGAAAGUCCAGAGGCUGAGCGCCGGGCCUGGGAGAAUGCAUCUAGGGGUUUGCACUCAGGCGCCAGCUGUUCGCCGCCCUCAGCACAGGCAACCAUUCUUUAACCAGCUGCUGCCGCUUGAUCUCUGUGACUCACAGGCAGCUGAAGCGAUUCCGUGGUGUGUCUCGAUCCGCUUACAGCCGAGGCAGGUGUGUAGACAAGCUGGUCUGCGCAGAACCCCAGGUCCUUCUGAAACCACAAGCAGGCCCAGCUGGGACUCCACCCUGGGGCGACCUGGAUUCCUGCAGAGGGUCCCAGCAGCCCAAACACAGCCAUGCGCUGGCCAGCUGUGCUCCUGCUCCUGGUGGGCGUGGCCCAGGCCUUUCGCAUCUGUGCCUUCAACGCCCAGAGGCUGACGCUUACCAAGGUGGCCAGGGAGGACGUGAUGGACCCCUUAGUUCGGAUCCUGGCUCGCUGUGACAUCACGCUGCUGCAGGAGCUGGUGGACUCUUCUGGCAGCGCCCUCUACCUCCUGCUCCGAGAACUCAAUCGAUUUGAUGACUCCGGGCCCUACAGCUCCCUGAGCAGCCCCUUCCUGGGGCGCAGCACAUACAUGGAGAAGUAUGUGUACAUCUACAGGUCACACAAGAUGCAGGUCCAGGAUUCCUACCUGUACAAUGACAAGGAUGACCUCUUUGCCCGGGAGCCCUUUGUGGCCAAGUUCACUUUGUCCAGCAAAGACCUUCCCAGCUUGGUGUUGGUCCCCCUACACACCACUCCGAAGGCCGUGGAGCAGGAGCUGAACGCCCUGUAUGACGUGUUUCUGGAUGCCUCCCGGCGCUGGAAGAGCGAGGACAUAAUCCUGCUGGGGGACUUCAAUGCUGACUGUAGUUCACUGGCCAAAAAGCGCCUGGAGGAGCUGAUACUGCGGACUCAGGCCGACUUCUACUGGGCGAUCGCCGACAGCGAGGACACCACCGUGCGCGCUAGCACCAACUGCGCCUAUGACCGUAUCGUGCUGCACGGGGAGCGCUUCCGGAGGCUGUUGCAUACAGCUGCUGCCUUCAAUUUCCCCCGGAGCUUCCGGCUCACCGAGGAGCAGGCCCUCAACGUCAGUGACCACUACCCCGUGGAGGUGGAGCUGAGCCUGAGCCUGAGACUGAGCCGGGCGGGGCAUGGGACCCGGCCCCUCAGCCUGGCCACUCUGUUGCUGUCCCCGCUGCUGCUGCUGCUCCUGCCCCCACAGCUGGGCCUGGGGGUCUGAACCUCACCCACCCUGGUGUCUGCUGCCCGCAGAGGUGAUGACUGACUAAACUGCCCUCAGGACUCAAACCCCAGCCUCUCCUGGCCCUCUGCCCUGCAGCCAAAGCGACUCCUGAAGGGCUUCAACUGUCCCUGCACAGCUCUGCCCUUCCUUGCUCUGCCCAGCUCGGCCCUGCCCAAUCCUGCCCAACCCAGCCCUGCCCAGCCCUGCCCAGUCCUGCCCAAUCCGGUCCUGCCCAGCCCUGCCCUAUUGGACUGCAGCCCUCUGCCUUUUCUUUGGUUUGGCUUGUGUUCUUUUGCUGGGCCUGUGCCUGGCAUGAGAGUGUGUAAGAGGAAGGCAGGGGCCCCGAGGCUGGGGGAGGGGAAAGGGGCUUAGAAAAGGGAAUCACAACAUAUGCAAAAUUAUGACAAAAAGGAAACACAUACAAACUGAGAACGAAAAGCUAGAUAGGAGGGACACUACACGUGUGGAACAGAUACGUCACUGGGCCACCUGUAUUGUACAUGGGAUUCACGUGAAUCAGCGUGACCACACACACACACACACACACACACACACACACACGAAAAAAUGGCUGAUGCACUGAAACUCGUGUGAUCUAAUGAAAAUAGCUGCAAACACACCCAACGCCUGUGGCGAAGCCCAUGAACUGCAGUCAGUCCACGUUGGCACAUUCAUAGAGUGUGGCCCCAGGCAGAGUGGUUACUAAGGCUACGGAUGCACAGAACAUAUAUGAACCGGCUGUCAUGUAAUAGCUUUAACUGUAAGAAAUUCUGUUUUUUUAAGCAUGAUGUUUGCUUUGUGAAGCAGUUGUAUUAAAUGAUGGUCACUGUGUCCCUA